AUGAAAGAUCCCCCAAUUGCUUCUUCGCCAGAAAACGCUUCCGUGCUCCGGCCAGACUUUCACUGGGGAUUCGCAACAGCAGCUGCUCAAGUUGAAGGAGCAUGGAAUGCCGACGGUAAAGGCGAAUCUAUCUGGGACAAGUUCUCACGUAUUCCCGGCAAGAUCAUUGAUGGUAGCACCAAUGCCGAUGCUACUCGUGCCUAUGAUCUUUACAAGGCAGAUGUCCAGCUGCUCAAGAAACUGGGCGUCAAUUCCUACCGUUUCAGUCUUGCUUGGAGCCGUAUCAUUCCUCUUGGUGGUAAAGACGACCCUGUGAACGAAGCUGGACUCAACUACUACAGCAACCUUGUUGAUGAACUACUGGCCAACGACAUCACUUCGUUCGUCACUCUGUUCCACUGGGACACUCCUCAAGCACUCGAAGACCGCUAUGGUGGUAUGCUCGAUCAAGCCCGGUAUAUAGCUGACUUCGAACGUUAUGCACGCGUCUGCUUCACUGCUCUAGGUGAUCGCGUCAAGCACUGGAUCACCUACAACGAGCCCGGUGUCUACACUCUGGCCGGCUAUGCUGCGGGCGUUCAUGCUCCUGGGCGCUCAUCCCUACCCGGUCGUGAUGAUCCUGGAGAUAGCAGUACCGAGCCUUUCAUUGUUGCGCACACCGAGCUGGUCAGUCACGCUCAUGCGGUCAAGAUCUACCGUGAGGAAUUCAAGCCUACACAGAAAGGUGUCAUUGGCAUAACCCUUCACGGCAACUUUAGCGCACCCUGGGACGAGGAUGACCCGAAGGAUGUCGAAGCCGCCGAGCGAGCCUUACAAUUCGAGAUUGGUUGGUUUGCUGAUCCCGUGUAUGGUUCUGGCGACUACCCAGCUUGUAUGCGAGAGCAACUCGGAGAUCGUCUUCCCCACUUUACACCUGAGGAGAAAGCGCUAGUCCAAGGCUCGUCUGACUUCUAUGGCAUGAACAGUUACACCACAUUAUAUGUGCGCCACCGCGACCAACCAGCAGAUAUCAAUGACCACAAGGGUAACAUAACCUCGCACGACACCAACAAAGCCGGCGUCUCUCGUGGUGCAGAAAGUGCAACAGCAUGGCUAAGAAGCAAUCCAGCAGGCUUUUUGAGUCUGUUGCAUUGGAUCUGGAAUCGUUACCACACGCCCAUUUACAUCACCGAAAACGGCACCACUGCGAAGGGCGAAGAGGAUUGGGAUCCCACUUCCGGCUUCUGGCUAGACGAUACUUUCCGUCAGGACUUCUUUGAGGGGUACAUAGGUGCUGUAGCUGAUGCCGUUCGCAAUGGAGUCGACAUCAGAAGCUAUUUUGCCUGGACGUUCACAGACAAUUGGGAGUGGGCUGCUGGAUUUACUGAUCGGUUUGGUGGUUCGUGGGUUGACUUUGAGAGCUCGGAGAAGACGAGGUAUCCGAAGAAAUCUGCCUUCGAGUUGGGCAGGAUUUUCGAGCAUUUGAUUCGCAAAGAGGCAGGAGUCGAGGCUAGGUGGUGCAGCGUUCAAUAA